ACAGCUUAUGUUGGCUCGUGUGGUUGCUGUAGCGGUGGUCCAUUGAAUUAUAGCAGUUCCUAUAGAUAUCUUAUUCGCAGUCAAUUUAGACCCUCCCGAAGGCUGUACAACUGAAAGAAACAUGGCAUCUGGAGAACCCAAAUCGAAGAGACUCCGACUUUCCACGAGGGGUGGGAACGAAGAGAAGGCAGUCUCAGAGAAGAGCCCAGCAAGGAAAAGCCUAGCCCGAAAGAGCAAAGGGAAAAAUAGUCCAGCUAAACUCAGUGCUAACUGUCUGUUUGGGAUGGGGAACCCUCUACUGGACAUCGUAUCUGUGGUGGACAAGGACCUCCUAGAUAAGUAUGGACUCAAGGCCAAUGACCAGAUCCUGGCAGAGGACAAACACAAAGAACUGUUUGAAGAGAUUGUGAAAAAGUUCAAAGUGGAGUACCAUGCUGGAGGAGCGACCCAGAACUCUAUAAAGAUUGCACAGUGGAUGAUCCAGGAGCCCCACAAGGUGUGCACGUUCUUUGGCUGCAUCGGGAAGGAUCGCUUCGGGGAGAUCUUGAAGGAGAAGGCAGAGGAGGUCCACAUCGACGCCCACUACUAUGAGCAGGAGGAGGAGCCUACCGGAACCUGCGCCGUCUGCGUCACUGGGGACAACAGGUCUCUGGUUGCUAACCUGGCUGCUGCCAACUGUUACAAGAAAGACAAGCAUCUAGACCUGGAGGAGAACUGGAAGCUGAUAGAGAAGGCCAGGGUUUAUUACAUUGCUGGGUUCUUUCUGACUGUGUCAGUGGAGUCCAUACUGAAGGUGGCCAAACAUGCAUCAGAAAACAACAAGCUGUUCAGCCUCAACCUCUCCGCCCCCUUCAUCAGCCAGUUCUUCAAAGACGCUCUGAUGCAGGUCAUGCCGUACGUGGAUGUGCUCUUUGGCAACGAGACGGAGGCGGCUACCUUUGCUGAUGAGCAGGGCUUUGAAACCAAGGACAUCAAAGAGAUCACCAAGAAGACCCAGGCUCUGCCCAAAGUCAACCAAAAGAGACCGAGGGUUGUUGUCUUCACCCAGGGCAAGGAAGGAACAAUCAUGUGCAAUGGUGACGAGGUGAAGGAUUUUCCUGUGCUGAAGAUUGAUCAGAAGGACAUCGUGGACACUAAUGGAGCUGGAGAUGCCUUCGUUGGAGGCUUCCUGUCAGAGUUGGUCCAGGAAAAGUCUCUGGAUCAGUGUGUGAAAGCGGGUCACUAUGCCGCCAACGUCAUCAUCAGACGAGCUGGAUGCACCUUCCCUGACAAACCUGACUUCCACUGAAAAUCCCCCCCUGUCAACCUUCUUCACAUGACCCAAACUCCCCCAACCUCUCCUCCACUGCCCCUAGCUCAGACGAUCUCCUGCAAUUAUUUCUACCCCUCAAAUUAACCAAAUCUCCUACACUUUUCUUUGCCAACUGACCCAUCCGGACCCUUACAUUUUUUCUAUCCAUCCAUCUUCCAUGUGUCAACCUGCAUGCUCACUUGUAUGGCUGUUAUGGUAGUCUUCCACUGGGGGGUGAUCUAAGGCCAAGCAGGUCACAGACUCUGAACUGAGAGAGUGCUAACAGUUUAGGGUAAACCUGGCUUAAGGGUGCUAUUGAUGUUCUAAAGUUCUAUUUAAGUACAGCUAUUUCAUGUGACAUUUGGUGCCAACCUGGUACAUUGUUUGCCUCGGUGUGUAUGUUUGUGUCUCAAACUGAUUUUAUGCAUUCACAAUUAAGCUUUACUGCCCAAUAACCCCCCACCCCCCCACACACACACACAUAGCUCUGGUUUUCCCUGGCCAAGCUAAAAGAGGAUUUAACUAAAUGAGAGUAUAAUACGGAACAUGAGACGAAUAGAGUGCAAUGUCUGGGUUUUUAUAAGAGUACUGCAUUAGAAUGUGUAGUACCAUUUACAUUUUCAUCAGUUUUUAUAUGUUUUUCAUUUAGCAGACACCUUUUAAAGUUUCAUUCAUUGAUUGAUUGAUUAAUUGAGUUAUAUUAAGUAGACAGCUUCUUGAAGCAAAUAUACGUUUUAACAGGCCAGUGCUGCUGUAAAACCAAAUAGAUCCCUUAAAAAUGCACACUUUUCUAAAUGUUUCAAGGCCUUUGUUGUAUGAAAUGUGUUUUGAUCAUGAUAAGAUUUAUUUCCUAAUGAGCACAUUGAUCUUUGUAAGAAUGUUUUGGCAUAAAAACAUAGAAAAAAUAUUACAAUCUUAACUCAAACAAAGCUAACUGCUGUUGUGAGGGGAAAACAGUGUUCUAACAGGUGUGUACUCCCAUCCAUGUGCCUUCUGUUCUACGUUGUAUGUUAAGGGAUGGUUCUCCACACACAAUUUUCCCAGAAAUCUAGAGACCAGAUCCAGAUGUGUUAUCUUCUGCUUUUGGUACUGUGUGCAGGUGCUGGGAUGUGAGAAGGAGAUAAGAAGUUGCUUUCUUCUUCUGUGUGUUUGUGCUCAUGUACAGUAGAAGUUCUGUGUCUGUGAAGCCUCAAAAACCUCUGACGAUAAAAAAAAACUGACGAUCUUAAA